CACCGAGACCAGAGAGAAAAGAAGAAAGCACACUGAACUGCUUAGUAAAACCUACCAGAUCUGGAUACCAAACCAAAAAGAAAGUCAUUUGUAAACACAGACCGUAGUGGAGCAAAAAGUACCCGGCGUUGAACUUUCUCGUCCUGACCUUUUAUCAAACGCGUGGAGAAAUGAAUAUGUUUCGGCUUACCUUUUUUCUUGACCUUUAAACAGCGAUGUCCUCACAGGAUAUCUUCAAGAACGUGGAGCUUCUAGAUCAACCUGAAAAGCUCUUGAGAAGACAGUGAUGUGGCUUUGUGGUUACAAGGACAGCUGAUCAUGAAGACCAUGACUUCAACGAUCUCCAACGUAUCACUCCAGCCAGAUGUUUAUAACCACAGCGCGCUGCACAGCUGCAGCAUCGACGAGUCCUACAAGUACAUCAUCUUGCCUCUAUGCUACUCCUUGACCUUCUUGCUCAGCCUCGUCCUGAACUCCACCGUGCUCCUGCGGUCCUACCGGUGCAAGAGCGGCCGUCAGUGGAACACCUCCUUGAUCUACAUGGUCAACCUGGCCUCUACGGAUCUAAUGUACAGCUUCUCACUGCCGUUCCUCGUGGCUAGCUACGUGAUGCGUGACCAUUGGGUCUUCGGGGACUUCAUGUGCAGGCUGGUGCGUUUCCUAUUCUACUUCAACCUGUACUGCAGCAUCUUUUUCCUCACUUGUAUCUCCGUUCAUCGCUACAUGGGCAUCUGUCAUCCCAUCAGAACCAUUGCUUUGGAGAGCAAACGGGCGGUUAGAGGCAUUUGCGCAACUGUUUGGAUCGUAGUGUUCAUACUUACGUGCCCAAUUGUCCGGUUUGCCAAAACUGGAGACGUUCUGAGAAAAAUCGGAACCGAUUCUUGGUCGGAAACUAGCGUCGAUGCUGGAAAAGUCAAGGUGGAGGUAUAUAGGAACUGUUGGGAUGACGCAAUCGAUAGUGAGUUUUCCGAAUACGUGCCUUAUGGAAUCGUCCUACACCUUCUAGGCUUCUUCUUCCCGUUUAUCGUCAUCGCGUGGUGUUACUCGCAAGUGGUGUGGACUAUUUUUCAGACUCUUCACUCCCAGCCACAGGUGCAAGAGGAUGAAGGUGUCGAAGGGGUCAAAGACAGAACAUCCGUGUCCAUCUCCGGUUCUCAACACGCGCCGUAUCUCAACAGGCGCCGAAAGUCUAUCAAAACCAUCAUCACCAUCACUAUUUUGUUCGCCCUGUGCUUCCUGCCUUUUCACAUCACACGCACGCUCUUCCUCGUCCUUAAGGAAACAAAGGCCGUCGAGUGCCAAACCAUGCGGAUGGUUUCCAUUUGCUACAAGAUCACUCGGCCGCUGGCUUCCUGCAAUUCCUGGCUCAAUGCGCUUCUUUAUUUCUUGACUGGAGACAAAAGCUUAGCUUGCUGUGGAUGGAGCAACGCCGGUCAGAACGCCCACCUGCUUUGGCCUUUACAGAUUCUUGGAGGACAGAAAGAGGCCGAGGAGCAAGAGCCAGGGAAUAAAGCAGAGGAAGCUCAUGAAAGUGACUCGAAAUCUUCAGGAAUUACAUAGAUGAGGUCAUUUCUAUCGGACUGACCUAUGCUGUAGAUUUCAUAUUAUUUAUUAUUCAUUCACAAUUUCACACAAUCUUGAGUAUUUCUGUAUGUUUUAUGCUAGUAUGUGACUGAGGAGUUAUAUUCACCUAUUUUUUAAAAAAAAAAUUGUGUUCGUCUGUUUGUGAUGGUUAUUUGGUGAGUAUAAAUUUAGAAUCAUUGAAAAGUGAUAUGAAAAUGGUAUUUCUUAAGCACAAAAUAAGCUAUUAAUUGCUAACUGGCUAGAAGUAAAGUGCAGUCGACAGGCCAAAAUAAUAUACAGAAGAAACAGGAAGCAAAAGUUACUAAUUUACAUCUUGUGACAAUUAAACCGAUUUGCUCACACUAUUAGCAAGGCUAAUAUGACCUGUAUGCUGUCGAGAUCCUGAAGCUGUUGAACUCCAUACUUUUAUCAUUUAAUAAAGAUCCUGUAGUAAAUAAAAAAAACUCUUUUGUGGUGUAUCUCAAAAAUUAAAGCACAAACUUUUUCCAAAUUAAACUUCAAAAAACAUUGACUAGUUCAUCAGCAAUAC